AUGGCUCUUCUUUUAACCAUGGGCUCUCUGUCAGUGGCCGAUCCCGACGAUAUCUCGACUACUUCAAGCCCUACAGCACAUUCAUCGCUGUCCGAUCAUGAUCAGUUCAAUGCGAGAGAUGCGGAUGUCAUUUUUCAGUCCUCUGAUGGAGUCAGAUUUCAUUUGCAUCGAACGAAUCUCGGCGUCAUAACCGGCGCCUUCCCUGGUGCAGAGCUCGACACACGAGACGAAGUGGUUCACCUCGCAGAGCCUGCACGAGUCCUGGAGAUUCUGUUCCAAUACGUGUACCCCAAGAGGCAUCCUGAUCUUGAAAAUCUGGACUUUCAACUCCUCGCCGAACUUGCCGAAGCUGUUGAAAAAUAUGAAGUCUUUCCGGCCAUGAACACCUGUGUAACACGCUUGAGGCAUUAUACUCCUCAACAUCCGUUGGAGACUUUGGUCCACGGCAUCAAGCACGACUACCCGAAGUUAAUUGACACAGCGGCGCCUCACCUCAUUAUGUCACCACUGGUCGCAAUAUGCGAGAAGCUACCUCUCGUUUGCAUAGUGCCUUGGCUCCGGUUUUAUAGCUACACGCGAGAGGCCAUCUUUGGUGCGGCAAGAAGUUUCAUUGACAGGAAAGGACGUUAUAGCUCGUGUCAUGCCGGGGACGACGAGAUAUGCAACCAAUGCCGUUCCUGUGUCUUGGCCUGGAUCGCGGACCUUGAGAAAAUUGAAUCUCGUGAAGCACUGCAAGCGGCUCUCAUGAAAUAUCAAGAUUACCCUCGGUUUGAAUACUGCAGUAAAUGCUCAUAUGCAUGCAUGCAUAUGCCUGGGGUUGCCAAGAUGUGCGAAGAAGCGUUGACGGCAAUCCGUUCAUUUAGCAGCUUUUUGACGGGAGAGCGUCUAGCAUGA